GCUUGAGCAAACAGCUUCCCCCCGCCCCCGAACACAGAAACGAAACGAAUCGAAUCGAAAGUUGCCACGAACAGAAGACCGUUAGCUGUACGAGUGCCCGUAUUAGCGGCAGGCUAGGCUACCCUUGAAAGCUCUUGGUCCCACUCUGGCUGGUCCGAAGUGGCGUUCGGCUGCCUGGCGGAAAACUGUAUUUCAGUGUGAUUUUCAAACCCAAGUCGGUCGGUUGUUACUCCAAAUCCGACUCCGACUCCAAUUCCUACUCCAGUUACAGUUCCAGUUAAAACUCGUAGGCGGAUCAUUUGCCCCCAAGAUGCUCUCACUCUCGCUGAUGCUGAUCGUACUGGGAGCCGCUGUGGCCAUUGAAGUGCAGAAAUUCGGAUAUCUGUUUAAUCCCCCUCAACCGGAACAUCCGCGGCAUGAGGAGAAACAAGAUCUGAACAAGAUACCGGGUGUGGCUGGCGUAGAUUAUCCUAUAUAUCACGAGGUGCCCCACACCCAAUUCAGCUGUCAUAAUGUCCCCGCCGUUCCGGGAAUGUAUGCGAAUGUGGAGACUGGCUGCCAGGCCUACCACGUGUGCCACGAUGGACGCGAAGGACACCAGGGUGCCAAGUUUCUGUGCACAAAUGGCACUAUCUUCAACCAGAAGGAGUUUGCCUGCGAUUGGUGGUACAAUGUCAAGUGCGAGGAGGCCAUCAGUCUAUAUCACUUGAAUGCCGAUCCGGAGCAUAAUCCCUACUUUCCGAAAAAGAAGCCUGAACUCGAACAUCUGGACCAUGAUGCUGGAAAGUUUCUGAUUCAAGCCUAAUAUACUCUUCACU